AAAAGCCAGCUCUGGUCGCUUCCGGCGGGGGCGCCGGAAGUGGUCCUUCUCGGGGACAGGGUGGCCGCGGUCAUGGCGUCGGGCGGCUCCCCCGUCGACCGGCUCCCCCCGCCCUUCCCCGGCGCGGAGGCGGUCAGCGCCCCUUCCGCGGACAGCGACUCGGACGGGGAGGACAUUUUCACCGGCAGUGCUAGUAAGCCAAUGUCUCCUAAGAAGGGGUCCCCGGAACCAGUAAGAAACAGUUCCACAGCUAACGGUGUUCACGAAGACCAAGAUGAUCAGGAUUUAUUUGCAGAUGCCACUGUAGAGCUGUCUCUGGAUAGCACACAGAAUAACCAGAAGAAGGAGACUGCUCCGGUGUUUAGUCCAACCCCCUCGCUAGAGACAACGGCAAAUUCAUCUUCCACACAUGAGCCCAAAACCUACGAGGAGCUGGAAGGAGAGGAGCAGGACGACCAGUUUGAGCUUACGGUGGGAGUGAGCGAUCCAGAGAAAAUCGGGGACGGUAUGAAUGCCUACGUAGCCUACAAAGUGUCGACGCAGACCACUUUGCCGAUGUUCAGGAGCAAGCAGUUUUCCGUGAAAAGGAGAUUCAGCGACUUCCUGGGUUUGUACGAGAAGCUGUCGGAGAAACACGGGCAGAACGGAUUUAUUGUCCCUCCGCCUCCGGAGAAGAGCUUGAUAGGAAUGACCAAAGUAAAAGUCGGGAAAGAAGAUUCCUCCUCCACGGAAUUCUUAGAAAAAAGACGUGCUGCUUUAGAAAGGUAUCUUCAAAGAACUGUCAGUCACCCUACAAUGCUGCAAGACCCAGAUGUGCGGGAAUUCUUGGAAAAAGAGGAGCUGCCGCGAGCGGUCAGCACCCAGACGCUAAGCGGCGCCGGCCUGCUGAAGAUGUUCAACAGAGCCACCGACGCCGUCAGCAAGAUGACCAUCAAGAUGAACGAAUCUGACAUCGUAAGCACGCCGUGGUUUGAAGAGAAGUUCCAGGAGGUGGAGUGCGAGGAGCAGCGCCUGCGGAAGCUGCACGCUGUUGUGGAGCUGCUAGUGAGCCACAGGAAAGAACUGUCGGUGAAUACGGCUCAAUUUGCCAAGAGCUUGGCCAUGCUGGGGAGUUCUGAGGACAACACGGCCCUGUCCAGGGCUCUCUCCCAGCUGGCAGAGGUGGAGGAGAAGAUCGAGCAGCUGCACCAGGAGCAGGCCAACAACGACUUCUUCCUCUUGGCGGAGCUGCUAAGUGACUACGUCCGCCUCCUCUCAGUUGUCCGGGGUGCCUUUGACCAGCGAAUGAAAUCCUGGCAGCGCUGGCAAGAUGCCCAGAUCAUGCUGCAAAAGAAACGGGAAACAGAGGCCAGGCUUCUGUGGGCGAACAGACCCGAGAAGCUUCAGCAAGCCAAAGAGGAGAUCUCAGAGUGGGAGUCGCGCGUGACUCAAUACGAGCGGGACUUUGAGCGGAUCUCGACAGUUCUCCGCAAAGAGGUGUUGCGGUUUGAGAGAGAAAAAACAAAGGACUUCCGAACCAAUGUGACUAAGUACCUGGAGACCUUAUUGCAUUCACAGCAACAGCUUGUCAAGUACUGGGACGCAUUCUUGCCAGAAGCGAAGGCCAUCUCUUAACCGGACCGAGCAAUAGCCUUUUCCACCCACCCCCGACUGACGCUGCCUUUACUACGUUAUACCUCUUUGGCCUUCCAAAUGGAUCUUCUUCCCCCCUCCCCGGAGCUGAUAGACUCACUUCCCCUCCCCCUCCCCGAAAGAGCGGCUUUUCCCAGCUAGUAACUCUUCUAACCGAAUUUUUUUCCCACUUAGGUUCAUAUGCACUCGUAUAUAAAUAUAUCUAUUUUCCUAUUUGAAGAAAAAAAAAACCUAGUUUCCUGCUUUAAAAGCCUGCAGGCCUGCCGUAGGUAGCCUAGCUUAGGCGGGUUUAGUGGGUAUUUUUCUGACUUUGGUAUAGGGCCCAGGGGAAGCGUCCUUUGAUUCCUGCCAUGCCAUGAAGACUGUAUAAUAAAACUUAAAAUCAGGGCAA